AUGGUGAGCAAGGAGGACACCCAAUGCAACGUGGUGUCGAAUUCAGAUGAGUCCGAUUGCGAGACCGCCCAGUCAUACAGUUUCAAUGCAGAGUCUGGUACAGAGUCUGGAAAAGCGCAGGUGAAGAAGAGGAACAAGGCUUUACAAGUACGCUUUAAGGACAUCUGCGAGGCUCAGAAUGAACAGCGGAGAAGGCGCUCUCGCUCAAUUUCUUGCAAAGUAACACAUAGGAAAUAUAUGACAAUGCCCGCCAGACGCUCCAUACCCAACGUGACUAAAAGUACUGGUGUGCAGACGUCGCCGGACCUUACAAAAAGAUAUAAGACUUUUCCGUUUGACAGGAAAAAGGGGCAUACUUUCAAACAUACUGCAUUGGUGGAGAAUUAUAAAGGACAGAAUAAUGGAUUUCUGAGUGAUAUUAAAACUGUUGAGGAUGGACAAACAGUGGAGCAGUCUUCAAAGGUGAAAGGAAAGAUUGUGUGCCAGACUAAAGCAUUGCUGCACCACACGGAUGACAGCAGCGACACAGAGGAUCUUCUUUCUAGCGCCAACUGUCUGGAUGGCCCGUCAGAAUCUUCGCAAUUUCCGGACGACUGCCACCCACACAGCCCGCCGUCCAAAACCCAAUCGGAAUGUCACGUUUCCACAACAACGAGAUCCAAACACAAAGGCAAAGAUGACACGGACGCUAUCUCUUCCUCUUCCAAGCGCCAACUGACUUCCGAUGGGAAAAUAAAAGGUUCCGGACCUGUUGCGUGGAAUUCUUUGACGCAUGUGGAGUCUUUGGGGAGUCCGUCUGUGAGUUGUAAGAGGAAAAAGAGUGGACAGCUAAGUGACCAGCAUUCUCAGACACUUCCGCACAGUGCCAAAUGCUCAGUGCAGUCGCAAGGACAUUGUAGGGCAAGGCAUUCUUCAGCUUCGUCUAAACUUCAGCAAACAGGACAAGGAGGCAUAGGGUUUCCCACUGGGGACGCAGGGGCAGCCCGAGGGGCAGCUGCUGGGACAGCAAGCGGGGACAGUGAUAUCAAAGCACAGCUGCAGGCCAUGGAGACGCUCAUCAACUCCAGCCAAGAGACCAUCAAGGUGCUACUGGGAGUCAUACAGGAGCUGGAGAAGGGAGAAGCUCAAAGAGAGGGGUUGACGUACAGGACCGGACAGGACACGGCUAACUGCGACACCUGCCGAAACAGUGCGUGCAUUAUCUACAGUGUUGAGCUGGACUUCAAACUGCAGGAGGACAAACUACAGCCUCUGAUGAAGAGACUGUGCCCCAUGGACAGUCAGCAGUGCCCCGCUCUGCCUUACCCCAACGAAGUGUUCACCUCCACCCCAAAGAGGAAGUCCAAGUCUGAGUCCAAGAAGCACGCUCGCUGGAAACUCUGGUUCCUUUGA